AUGAGGAAGCGGACUACUCACGGAGUAGACGAAAGCUCGCUUGUGAUUGGUCGAGCAGCAGAUACAGGAUACAUCGAUAGCUCGGUGGCAGGUAUCUAUCGGCCUUCCAGGAGCGUCAUGUUGGUCACGUCUGGCUGGGGCACGCCGGGGCACAUAAAGACUUCCUCCUCAUAUCGGAUUCGCGACGCACUUCACUCGCUUAUUUAA